AUGCGCUAUAGAACUCACCGUUUUUUCCAGUUUUUUUAUCUCCUGAAAAUUCCUUGUUGCAUGUUAGUUUUCUUGUUCCAGGAUUCUUCUUUCACUUUCAAGGACUCAAACGCAAAUUCUAACUCGAAAACAAUGGCUUCUAUGAAAAAUGGACAGGAGGCAAUGAAAACAGGAUCUGACGGGCUGGAUACGAAUCUCUACUCAAGACAGAUAUAUGCCCUUGGAGAAUCCGCAAUGAUCAAUCUCAGAAAAGCAUCUGUCAUCGUAUCCGGUUUGGGUGCAGUUGGCGUGGAAGUGGCGAAGAAUUUAAUUCUCGGAGGGAUUAGGAGUGUUACUCUCCACGAUGUAAAGAAUACUGAAUGGUUAGAUCUGUCUGCGCAGUACUACCUAACAGAGGACGAUAUCGGCAAAAACCGUGCUGCUGCCAGUUUCGAAAAGCUUGCUGAGCUCAACGAUAGCGUCAGUUGUCAUCUUCUCCUCGAUGAACUCUCUGAGGAUUUGGUUAAACAGUUUGAUCUCAUUGUGUUAACUGACACUCCACGGAAAAUGCAGUUGGAUAUUUCUCAUUGGGUAAGAACACAUAACCGUCGAAUGGUAGUGACAGACGCCCGUGGACUCUACAGCUACAUCUUUAACGACUUUGGUGACUCCUUCCGAGUAGAUGACUCGAACGGCGAGCAAGUUAAAGAGUUCCUCAUUGAGCAUAUUGAUGCCGAAACCGGUGAUGUGACGACGUUAGAAAAUCAAAUGCAUGGAUUAGAAGAUGGGGAUCACGUGACAUUCUCUGAAGUUAAAGGAAUGACGGAACUCAAUGGCUGCGCUCCUGUGAAAGUGACUGUAAAAAAACCUCACGUAUUCAACAUUGGUGAUGUCACGAGGACAAUGUCUCAAUACGAGGAAGGUGGACGUGUUAAACAAGUGAAGGUACCUACAUUUGUUUCGCACAAGCCGCUCGCGGAAUCAAUGGCCGAUCUAGAAUUCGUCUUCUGGGACUUCGCAAAGCCGGAUUAUCCAAAGCAGUUACAUUUACUGUGGAAUGCUUUGUACGACUUUGAGUUGAAGCAUGGACGACGUCCUUUUCCUCGUUGUGAUGACGAUGUUACUUUACUUAAAGCGGAACUACCUGACGGAGCUUUGGUGGAUGAAAAACUUGUGAAACGUUUUACUUAUCAGGCUGCUGGAAACCUAGUGACUGUUGCCUCCACCGUUGGUGGUAUUGCUGCUCAAGAGGCAAUGAAAGCUGUUACUCACCAUAUGACUCCCUUAAAACAAUGGUUAUAUCUGGACAGUGAUGAUGCACUCCUUGGCGACUGGAACGAGUUUGAUUGUUCAAAACUCACUCAAGAAGACUGUAAACCACGUAGUUCUCGGUAUGAUGGACAAGCUGCCGUCUUCGGAUGGAAAUACCAGGAAGCUCUGUUUUCUCAGAAGUGGUUUAUUGUAGGAGCUGGGGCCAUUGGAUGUGAACUUCUAAAAAAUCUAGCUAUGAUGGGAGUGGCUUGUGAUGGAAGUGGGCUUAUAAAAAUAACUGACAUGGAUCAAAUUGAAAUUAGUAAUCUAAAUCGACAGUUCCUUUUUAGAAUGAGUGAUGUUGGGAGUAAGAAGUCUGUCGUCGCUGCCAGAGCGGUAAAAACAUUUAAUAAGGACAUACAAAUUGAAGCUCUUUGUGAAAAGGUAGGAUCCGAAACUGAGCAUGUAUUCAACGACGACUUUUUUGCCGACCUUGAUGGAGUAUUGAAUGCGUUGGACAACAUUGACGCCCGACGUUAUAUGGAUAGACGGUGCGUGUACUACCGGCUUCCCUUACUAGAGUCCGGCACAAUGGGUACGAAAGGAAACACUCAAGUUGUUUAUCCCCACUUGACCGAGUCUUAUGGGUCUUCCGUUGAUCCUCCAGAGAAAGACAUUCCGAUUUGCACUCUUAAGAAUUUCCCAAAUGAAAUCCAGCAUACAAUACAAUGGGCGCGAGAUUUGUUUGAAGGUCUGUUUACUGUACCCGCAGAAACUGCGAAUCAAUUUCUUUCUGAUGAACGUGCGUUCUUGGAGCGUUUAGAGCAAAUUAACGUGAAAGAUUCACUUAUUGAUAGUAAGCCGUCGAAUGCUGAAGACUGUGUGAAAUGGGCUCGUAUGCUAUUCCAGGAACAUUAUCAUGACAACAUCGCGCAAAUGCUGCAUUCCUUCCCACCACACCAAGUAACUGAUCAAGGAGCAAAGUUUUGGUCUGGAACGAAACGAUGUCCGCACGUACUCCAUUUUGAUCCAUCACAGGAGGAACAUCGAAAUUUCGUUUACGCAGCAUCAAUUCUCCGUGCUGAAAUGUAUGGUCUGGAACCGCUUCUCGAUGUUGAGUACGUCAUGCAGACUGCGUGUUCCGUGCAACCGCCUCCAUUUAAACCACGUGCUGGAGUUAAGAUAGCGGUAACUGAAGCUGAAGCGAAAGAGAACUUAAGUCGAGGCUAUAGUCGAAAUCGCACUAACGCUGAUGCGAUGCUGGAACAGCUUAAAGUGAAACUUGCUCGUCUCAACACCAAAUCUAUUCAUAAACUAAGCCCGAUUGAUUUUGAGAAGGAUGAUGACACCAAUCAUCAUAUGGAGUUCAUUACGGCAGCUUCCAAUCUACGAGCUGAGAACUAUUCGAUCCAACCAGCAGAUCGGAUGAAGACCAAACAAAUUGCUGGGCGCAUUAUUCCUGCCAUAGCAACAACCACGGCGACCAUUGCUGGCCUAGUUUGUACAGAAUUAUACAAAAUAGUAGGUUGUAAAGAAGAAACAAAGACACCGAUUUCUUCCUUCAAGAACGGCUUCAUCAAUCUAUCUCUACCCUUCUUCGGGUUCUCUGAACCUAUUCCUGCACCAGUGAAAAAGUACAAUAAUUCUACUUUCACUUUAUGGGACCGAUUAGAUAUAAAAGGCCCGAAGACUUUACAAGAGGCCGUAGACUGGAUUCAGGGCGAAACAGGUCUUGAAGUGACCAUGUUGUCUUCCGGUGUUUCAUUGAUCUAUUCAUUUUUUAUGGACGCGAAGAAACGUGCUCAUCGAAUGCCUAUGGAGUUCGUUUCUUUCCUAUAG